AUGGGAAGAGCAGCAGCCGGCUUCAUUGCCUUAGUAUUUCUUGCAAAGCAAGUGGACGGCUCAGCCGGCGACCAACAUCAGGUUUACCUGAACUGCAUCCGGAUUUGCAUUACAAGGCAUGGAUGUCCGGAGGAAGCUGGCGAAAUUGGUUGGAUUUUUGCCGAGUGCUUUAAGUAUGUUGUAUCGUGUCGUUAUAACUGUACUUGGGAUACAGUCAAUUUUUUCAACAACGUUUUGCAUAACUCGGUGCCACAGUUUCAUGGAAAAUGGCCAUUUGCAGCCUUUUGGGUGCCAUUUCUCAUCCCAGUCCCCAUUCAGGAACUUGGUUCCGUUGUCUUCUCAUUAAUGAACAUGCUCUCCACCUUAUUCAUGUUUCGGACGGUAAAACGUCUACGUAAUUCAUUGCGUUUAAAAACAGUUUGGUUAGCUUAUUCGUUGAUCGGUACUGUAAUGUGGUAA